AUGGCUUGGACAUUCUACUACUACGCCCCGUCAAGCGCGGCGGCUGGCAUCUUUACUGCUCUCUUUGGCCUGAGCAGUAUAUUCCACUUCUACCAACUCAUCCGAACAAGGACAUGGUUCAUGAUCCCAUUUGUUAUUGGAGGAAUCCUUGAAACUGUCGGAUACAUCGGUCGUCUCCUCUCGUCUACCGAAUCGCCCGAUUUCACAAAAGGUCCAUACGUGAUGCAAAGCGCCCUGAUCCUAAUUGCACCGGCUUUCCUGGCUGCUAGCAUCUACAUGACUCUCGGUCGGAUCAUUUUCAUGGUUGACGCCGAGCAAUGCUCAAUGAUCAAGCUGAAAUGGUUGACAAAGAUCUUCGUUGCGGGCGAUGUCUUGUCUUUUCUCAUGCAAGCCUCCGGAGCCGGACUCAUGGUCAAAAACACAAGCAACCCCUCCCAGGGCGAAAACAUCAUUAUCGGCGGUCUCUUCGUACAAAUCAUCUUCUUCGGCUUCUUCGCGAUCAGCGCCGUCGUCUUCCAAAUCCGCCUUUCUCGGAAACCGACCACACGAUCUAUCGAGUUGAGCAGCAUUUGGAACCGCCAUAUGAUCGCCCUUUAUGUCUCCAGCAUCCUCAUUCUCGUGCGGUCGGUCGUUCGUGUCGUCGAGUACAUGCAGGGAUAUGAUGGAUAUUUGAUGAAGAAUGAGGUUUUCAUCUAUGUCUUUGAUGCUCUGCUGAUGUUCGUCACGAUGUUGACACUUCAGUAUGCGCACCCCAGUGAGAUCAACUGCUUGCUGGGUCGUGGGACCUGGUAUUCUGAGAAGGGGUAUAGGAUGCGCAAGUUUGUUGCUGGGUCGGCGUUAGAGAUCAGUCGGAUUGAAGAGGCGUGA